UCACUAAAUCACCUCCAGGUGGUGGUCAAAUUGCUGAUAUCAAGAUCCUUAAAUCGCUUGUUAGUUACCUUUGGAUGAAAGAUAAUCUUGAAUUUCAGCUUCGGGUUGUUGCUGCAACUUUUUUACUUGUUGGAGCUAAGCCUCUAGCCACCCGUUUUCGCCGCCACCCACCGCUUGUUCUGUAUGACUCGCCUCCCCUGUUCUGCUGAGACCACUUAAAGCUUGUGGGUCCUACGGACAAUAUCAUCUACAUAACAUUUUGCCUCAGGGGAGUAUGGUCUCGUAUGCAAGUUACAAAAAGACAUUGGAUGGUCGAAAGCAAUCACAUCGAGCUUGGUUCGGAAAAUUCAACAAGGUUAUUCAAAAUUUUGGCAUGAUUCGUUGUGAAGCAGAUCAUUCUGUAUUCUUUAGACGUUCAUCUUUGAACAAAGUCGUUAUCUUGCGGUAUAUAUGUAUAUAUGAUAUUGUUAUCACUAGCGAUGAUCAAGAAGACAUUAAAGACCUAAAGUAACACUUAUUCAACCACUUUCUCACUCAAGAUUUCAGUCAAUUGUGGUAUUUUCUUGGGAUUGAAGUUGCUCAGUCUCAUGAAGACAUUGCUAUUUCUCAGAGAAAAUAUGUUCUUGAUAUCUUGAAAGAGACAUGGAUUCUUGAUUCUAAUCCAGUUGAUACUUCCAUAGAACCUAAUGUGAAGCUUCUACAUAAUCAAGGAGAGCCAUAUCCUAACCUAGGCAGAUAGAUGAGGUUAGUUGGGAAACCGAAUUAUCUUACUAUGACCAGACCGUAUAUUUCGUUUUCUGUUGGUGUUGUGAAUCUAUUUAUAAACUCACCUUGUGAUAGUAAUUGGAAUGUCGUGGUUCGGAAAGGUCACUUGGGAAAUGACUUGUUUAUUUCGACAGAGGCCAUACCAACAUUGUUGUAUAUUCAAAUGCAGAUUGGGAAGAUGAUGUUAUUGAUAGAAGAUCAACAUCAAGUUAUUGUAUUUUGAUUGGAGGAAACUUAAUCUCAUGGAAAAGUAAAAAGCAAACUGUUGUUGCAAGGUCAAGUACAGAGAUAGAGUAGUGUGCUAUGUCCUACACUACCAGUGAACUUUUAUGGUUGAACUAUUUAUUACAAGAGUUGAAAUUUUAUGAGCUUGGCCCUAUGGAACUUAUGUUUGAUAAUGAAUCGACAUUUUAUCUUUCUAUAAAUCCUGUUUUUCAAGAGAGGAUUUAAGAAAUAGAAGUUGAUCGUCUCUUUAUGACAAAGAAGAUCCUUUCUGACAUCAUUAAAACCUUUUCAAUGAGCUCAAAUAAUCAAUUAGCCGAUAUCUUCACCAAACCUCUACGUGGACCUCAGGUUUUGAAUGUUCAGGUCCCUUUCUUAUUCAAGCUUGGAGUUGAUUGGUUGAAUACUGCCACAGGCAAUGCUAGUGUUGUUGCUUCGAAUCCUACUAUGAUGGCACUUUUUGCUACCCCCAUGGCAGUGUUGAUUGGAUAUGGGAUUGCACGUUCUGGAGCUUCUGCUUUCAAUGAACUGCGGAAUGCUUUGUUUUCUAAGGUAGCACUGCGGACAAUUCGUUUAGUUUCAAGGAAGGUCUUUUCACAUUUGCAUGACCUUGACCUUCGAUAUCAUCUAAGUCGAGAAACUGGUGCAUUAAGUCGAACAAUUGAUCGUGGUAGCGGUGCAAUAAAUUUUAUUCUCUCCUCUACGUUGUUCAACAUAGUACCCACCAUAUUAGAGAUAUCUAUGGUAUCAGGUAUAUUGGCCUACAAAUAUGGAGCACCUUUUGCGUGGAUUACUUCCCUGUCAGUAGCUGCAUAUAUUGGUUUUACACUUUCUAUCACACAGUGGAGGACUAAAUUCAGGAAAGCCAUGAAUAAGGCUGAUAACGACGCUAGUACUAGGGCUAUUGAUUCACUUAUUAAUUAUGAGACGGUCAAAUACUUCAAUAAUGAAGUUCAUGAAACUGAUCAUUAUGACAAGUACCUAAUGAGGUAUGAGGAUGCUGCUCAGAAAAGCGAACAGAGUCUUUCUUUGUUGAACUUUGGUCAAACCGCUAUAUUUAGUACUGCUCUUUCAACAGCAAUGGUUUUGUGUUCUCAUGGGAUCAUGAAUGGCACAAUGACUGUUGGUGAUUUGGUGAUGGUAAAUGGGCUUCUCUUCCAACUAUCUCUUCCACUCUAUUUCCUUGGUGGUGUUUAUCGUGCAACUAUACAAAGCCUAAUCGACAUGAAAGCCAUGUUCCAGUUACUUGAGGAAAAAGCAGACAUUAAGGAUAAAGAAAAUGCAAAGCCUCUAAGAUUUAAUGGGGGAAAGAUCCAAUUUGAGAAUGUACAUUUUAGUUACCUCACAGAAAGAAAGAUACUAGAUGGAAUAUCACUAGUUGUGCCAGCUGGUAAAAGUGUUGCAAUUGUUGGGACUAGUGGAAGUGGAAAAUCUACCCUUCUCAGAAUGCUAUUCAGAUUUUUUGAUCCCCAUUCUGGAAGUAUAAAGAUAGAUGAUCAAGAUAUUCGGGAUGUAUCCCUUGAGAGUUUACGGAAGUCUAUUGGUGUUGUUCCACAAGAUACUGUACUUUUCAAUGAUACCAUAUUUCAUAACAUUCACUAUGGUCGGCUUUCAGCAACAAAAGAGGAGGUCUAUGAAGCCGCCCGGAAAGCAGCAAUCCAUGACACUAUCACGAGUUUUCCUGAAAAAUACUCCACUGUUGUGGGAGAACGAGGGCUAAAGUUAAGUGGUGGUGAGAAACAACGUGUUUCCCUUGCUCGAGCAUUCUUAAAAUCACCUGCAAUACUGUUGUGUGAUGAAGCUACAAGUGCUCUUGACAGCACAACAGAAGCAGAGAUUUUAAGUGCAUUGAAGUCAGUAUCAACUAAUCGAACUUCCAUAUUCAUCGCUCACAGGCUCACCACUGCAAUGCAGUGUGAUGAGAUCAUUGUUUUGGAAAAUGGAAAGGUGGUUGAGCAUGGACCACAUGAAGUGCUCUUAGCAAAUGCAGGAAGAUAUGCACAACUUUGGGGACAGCAAAAUAACACUAUUGAUGUAAUUGAUACAGCCAUCAAGGUGGGAGCAUAAAGAUAACAGAAAGUGUAUUCCUUGCUCUUCAAGAAAGAGGAAGAACAUUGCACAAUGUUAAUAGCGCAUGUAUUGAAGACCAUUGUUUAGUGAUACUGUGUCAGAUGCAAGAUCUCUUCAGCACAAGUAUCACAUUCCUUAUCGUUGGGUUAUCACAUCGAUUUGCUAUCAAGGCGUAUUUCAUAAAUUCGCACAUAAUUUAUUGGUGUUCAAAGGCACACAUCAGUGUUAUAGAUAAAGGAAGUUGAGUCGUCUUUCCACGGACAGCAAGAUUUUGUAUUGUCUAUAUUUAGAUUAUAAAUUGUAUACGGAGUGCUAGACUGACAAGUAACAGGUAUAUAUACUGCUCAUUUUGCAGCUGAUUUUUUACAUUAUUGUAGAGUGGUAUAAUUCAAUAGUCUUAUUCCAGAAAGAGAUGGAUUGUUCUCUUUCCUCAUAAAGAAGUGAUUCUUAUGAAAAACACAUUUCAGUAGAUUCGAUUCUUAUGGAUGUUGAUGUAAAAUUAGAUUAUAUGAAAAUAAAGAAAAAGAGACAAAAAGUUAUUAA